AAAAUAAGCCCCUGUGUAGACUCAGAGUCAGGCCCAAAUUGUUCGGGGUCAAAGAUCAGCUAAAUAAGCAGAGUAAAUCGCGACACUGGAGUUGCUUGCCAGUCAAAUCGGCUAAUACCGGUAGUUUUUGUAUUGUUUUUGUAAUCGAUUGGCUGAAAAAUAGAUAGAUAGUCAAUAGAUAAAGUUUAGCAAUGGAGGAGACGGACGAAAAUUGUCAGACGAGACAUGCGCGUAAAAAUGAUAUGCUCAAGAUGUAUUACAAUGUCGAUGGUCAAAAUCAAUCUUCAGUUUCCGAUGGACAUCUGGAUAUUGACAGCAACAAUUUCAAACCUGAGGAUUACCUUCGCAAAUUAAAGCAGGAAAAAAAUUUGGAGCAGCUGAUGGAUACUGAACAUGACAUGGCACGUCAGAUACGAACAUUGGACAGUGAAAUGCAAACAUUGGUGUAUGAGAACUACAAUAAGUUCAUCAGUGCGACAGAUACAAUUCGUACAAUGAAACGAGAUUUUCAUAAAAUGGAGGAUGAAAUGGAGAAAUUAACUGCAAAUGUGUCGUCAGUUGCAAAAUUAAGUUCUGAAAUUAACAGUACAAUGCAUGACAAUCGACAGAAAAUACUGAAGCUAUCAGGAGUUCAUUCACUGCUCAAGAAGCUGCAGUUUCUGUUUGAAUUACCAUCCAGGUUACAAAGGUGCCUUGACAUGAAAUCAUAUUCUGCUGCUGUGACAUAUUACACCAAAACACGAUCUGUUCUUAGUCGUUACCAACACAUGGAAUCAUUCAGUGGAAUUCAACGUGACUGUACUGAAAUUAUGAAUCAAGUUAUCGAAAAAUUAAAAGACACUUUCCAUAAUAAGAAUUCUACACCGCAGCAAUUAGCUCAAUGUGUUGGCUUAUUAUUACGAUUAGGAGAACCACCAGCAUCCUUAUGUGAUGAUUAUCUUCAACACACAAAACGAAAGUUACUGGAAGAUUUAGAGGAACUGGAAUCAUAUCUAUCAUGCAACUUCCUUACAUCUUCAUCAAUUACUAGAAGUUCAACAAAAACUACUAUUGUCGCAGAAGAUAGCAAAAGUAUUGGAAAUACCAAUGAAGAAACAGAUGAACAUACUGAUGAUAUAGUUGAACAAGAAAAUACCAGGUUGUUGAUUGACGUAUUAGAAUUCAUUGAUCGAGGCAGUAAUGGAUUUUUGAGCAAUUUGUCUUUAACAAUUGCUGCAUAUGAGAAUCUGUUCGUUAAUCAAACAAAGAACAUUCCUGAAACUUUAUUUCAAGAAAUCGCAGAAAGCUCAAGCAUGAGCGAAAUUCAGGAGGACAUGUCAAGAGUUGCAAGUGACAAAUUGACUGUAUUCGUGAAUGAACAGUUGAAACAUUAUUUUACUCUCGUGGAAAAACGAUUGGAUUUUGAAAAAGAGAGCAGUGAUAAUGCUCUUUUGGUCAGAGCUUUGGAUAGAUUCUACCGCAGAUUGCAAGCAACUCGAAAUUUGCUUCCUAGUGUUGAUGUGAUGACACCAAGCUGCAAUAUUGUUAUCAAGUCUGCUAAAUCAAGAUGUGAACAUUAUAACACUGCAUUAAGACAAUAUUUUUCUGAUUGUCUGACUGAUGCUAGACAUAUCAUAGCUGCAUCGAAAACAUCUGGUGGCAAAUCCACAAGCUUCAACAUGUUGGAUCUACUGAAUACAACUGCUUCAUCUAUAUUAAAUCAAAUCAAAUCUGUUCUUGCUGAUGUUCAACUAUUCACUGCUCGAGAUAUUAAUUUUUCUUCCAAUCCUUUCUUUAAUAAAGAAUUCCCAGCCAAAUGGGUCAGAGAGGAAAUCAUUGUCAAUUUCAUCCAUGAUUUCUGCAAAGUUAUGGAGGGUUUCUGCUCUCCCAAUAAAAGUCCUGGCGGAAAAUCACCUUCUCCGCCACCAGCUUUGUUACUUCUUCUGUCAAGAUUGUGUAAAGACUUUGAAUUAUCAACUGUUGCUUAUGUUCUGACUUUAACUGAUGAACAGUUUGCUAUAUCUGAAAGAGACAAAGUAACAUCGGCUGCAGAUCUAACUUCUCAAGUAGGACUGAUAGCUCAACGUAUUCUUGAGUGCUAUGUGAAGCAAUGUGGUCAAUCUGUUUCAAAAAUGCUACGAACAAGUGUUGAAACUCGAGAUUGGGCAAGAUCUGUUGAACCGAGACAAGUCCGUGCUGUGAUGAGAAGAGUGGUUGAAGAAAUUACUCAGAUUGAUGUUCAAGUUGGAUCCUUAUAUGAGGAAGGUUUAAGAAAAGCUCGGAGUAGUGAUAGCAGCAAACGAACAUUUCAACAUCCAACAUCAACAUCAAGACAACGCGACAGAGGACAUUGGGGAAAUUAUGCUCAAAGUUCCAACAUGGACAACAGUCUGAUGAGCAACAUACAGAAACUAUUUUCUGAACGAGUUGAUGUUUUUGGUCCAGUUGAGUUUUCAAAAAUGUCUGUGCUUACGAGUGUAGUUAAAAUUGCAUUAAAAACACUACUGGAAUGUGUCAGACUUCGAACAUUCGGGAAAUUUGGCUUACAACAAUUGCAAGUGGAUUGCCAUUACUUGCAGAUGUACUUAUGGAGGUUUGUAUCCGAUGAAAACAUUGUACAUUGUAUGUUAGAUGAAGUUAUCUCAAGUGGGAUUCAUCGUUGCAUUGAUCCAGUGAGGAUGGAACAAAGUGUGAUUGAGGUCAUCUGUGAACGUGGAUAAUAUGGUAGAUUAGUACGUUCAGUGCAAUAAAUCAUUUAUGUGGAUUUCUCGGACAUCAAAGAAGCGACGCAAAAGCCAGCGGAGACUCAAACAAAAUGCACAAUAAUUCGGAAAACAAACAUAAUAUUGUGUUUAUACACUUCCAACUUGAUGUCCAUGAUGAAAAAAGGAAAGCAAACAAAAAAGUAAUAAAUAUAUAACAUCUAGGCACUUACACGUUGAUAGGAUACAUAGUCGUAUUGCAAAAAGUGAAUAUAUCUGGCGACUGUGCAAUACUUAGCAAGUCUCUUGUUUCUUUGAAUUGCUAUUUAUUCUUGUAAUGUAAUGUUUGAUUAUGAUAUCUCUUAGCACUAGUAGUCUAUACAAUUUUAUCUUUCUUGAUUUGUGGCACAUCAAUUGUGGUUUGCUCUCUUUAUGUUGUAGUAGUAGUAAAUGUCUGGUUCCGAU